AUGGACGCAAAGCCGCAACGACCACGACUGCGGGUGCAUGAUGAGAACAUGCCACCACCUGCGAUACCCGGCGCGGGUAUGCCUGGCAAGUCGCUUCAUCAGCGGACCAAGUCAACACCCGCCCUCUCCAGCUUGGUGCAGGCUGCUGCCAUCAAAGCCACACAGAAGAAGAUCCUCGGUGAAGUCAGCGCGAAUUCAAGAGUCAUACAGCCAGCAAAGGACGAUUCAGAAGUUGGCAAAGCAUCACCCGGCAAACUGGCUAGUCAGGAGACCCUCAAGCCGACCGUGAACUCAUCAUUCAAUCGCCCUGCUACCCGACCCCUGGCUCCGAAGACUACAACCGCAGCAAGCCUCACCUCGACCGCCGCAGCCACGACUGCUAUGUCCAAGAUCGCGACCUGUAUGCAAUCGACUCAGCAAGAGAUUGAGCCUGUGAAAAAGGUUGCAGCUAAGAAGAGCAUGAAGGUGCUGAAGGACCCACCAGCACAGCCGAGUAGGGUGGACAGCGCGGCUCCACUGAACCAGACAGCCGCACCAGUGACACAAGCACCGCCGCCGCAAGCCGCGCCCUCGCAGCCAGUAGUUGAGAAGCCCGUCCUCGUUGCGCAGCCAGUACGGCGACAGGAAGUGCACAAGACAGAGAGCGUGCCACUAAAGGACGAGCCAGCUGCGCGCCCGAUGGCCAAAUCCGGCCCGGCACCUCUGGAGGCUCUUCCACCUGGCUUCACUUCUGAAGCGGAAUACCUGAGCUACUUGGAUUUCCAUGCUGCGCAGUACCAGCUUCAGCAACAGAAUCUCAACGCUGGAUCAGUUGCCAACCCAGCACCCUACCUCGCCAACGCGCAGCCCCCGCCUGAGCAGUACUACGAGGCAGACGAAGAGGAGUACGGAUAUGACGACGGCUAUACUACCGCCAGGUCGUUCGGACUGCAAGGCGAGAGCACGGGCGGUGUCACCACCGUCCUCGCGCCAAAGCUCACGGACAGGGUCAAGGAGGAGAUCCAGGCCGCAAGAGAGUUUGUGGAAGCAACAAGACCAGCUGAGGACAUCGAAGACGAGCAAUGGGAUACGUCGAUGGUGGCUGAAUAUGGAGAGGAAAUCUUCGGCUACAUGCACGAGCUCGAGGACCGCAUGGCUCCUAACCCGCGGUACAUGGAACAGCAAACUGAGAUCCAGUGGUCCAUGAGAGCGGUUUUGAUGGACUGGGUCAUUCAGGUCCACCAACGCUUCAACCUGCUGCCGGAGACUCUGUUCCUCACCGUCAACUACAUCGACCGCUUCUUGUCGUGCAAGAUAGUCUCGCUCGGCAAGCUGCAACUCGUCGGCGCUACAGCGAUCUUUGUCGCGGCCAAGUACGAAGAAGUGCAGUGCCCGACGAUCGCCGAGAUCAUCUACAUGGUUGACGGAGGCUAUUCAUCGGACGAGCUGCUCAAGGCGGAGCGUUUCAUGCUCAGCAUGCUGCAGUUCGAGCUGGGUUGGCCAGGCCCAAUGAGCUUCUUGCGACGCAUUAGCAAGGCAGACGACUACGACCUGGAGACAAGGACACUGGCCAAGUACUUCCUCGAAGUCACCAUCAUGGAUGAGCGCUUCGUCGGCUGCACACCAAGCUUCCUCGCUGCUGGCGCACACUGCAUGGCUAGACUCAUGAUUCACGGCGACGAGUGGAGCCAGGCACAUGUCUACUACUCCAACUACACCUGGUCGCAGCUGCGCCAGCUCCUAGCAGCCAUCCUCGAGUGCUGCGAAGACCCGCACAAGCACCACUCGGCGGUCUACGACAAGUACACCGACAAGCGGUAUAAGCGCUCCUCGCUCUUCGUCGCUGGCAAGCUCGCAGCAGGCUUCCGGUUGCCGCUCGACAACCCAGCACCACUGCCACCAACUCCUCUCAGCGCCAGUAUGAGUGUCAUGAGCGGAUUCAUGCGAUAG